AUGGCUGCCAAAAAGCUCAUUUAUCCCGCAGCAGAUCGCAACAAGGAUCCGAUACUCUCGGUUUUGAAGCGAUGCAUUCAGCGCGGUACCGAUCAAAUCUUCCUGGAGAUAUCUUCCGGUUCGGGGCAGCACGUAGCGCACUUCGCGCCGCACUUCCCGCACGUCACGUUUUACCCGUCGGAGUACGAGCCGCGACUCUUGGAGAGCAUCGCCGCGCACGCGAAUGGAUACUCAAACGUGAAGAUUCCCAUGAGAAUUGACGUCACCACCGACUACCGGCUGUGGGGAAACGGUAUCUUCAGGCCGAACAGCUUAGACUACGUAUACAACGCGAACAUGAUGCACAUCUCGCCGUAUCCGUGCACCAUCGGUCUAUUCACCAACGUGGGGCAAUUGUUGAAGCCCAACGGACUGUUAAUCACGUAUGGACCGUACGCCUUCGACGGCCAGAUCACCCCGCAGAGUAACGUAAAUUUCGACAUGUCCUUGAAAUCGCAGGACCCGGCCUGGGGCCUGCGAGACGUGACCGAGCUGAAGAAAUUGGCUGAGAAGAACAACAUCAGGUUGAUAGAGAUCGUGGACAUGCCCGCUAAUAAUAAAACGAUAAUUUGGAGAAAAUGCGCGUAA